AUGAACCCGCAACGUCCUUCGAUUCGGCCACCGGUGCCACCGAAACCGAAGCUUCCCAUUGCCGUCUCUAGUCGGGAUCUGCGGGACAGUGGUAUUUCCGUUUCCGAGGAUCCAACGACGGCACCCGUGACAGUGAAGCGUGCUGCUGAAUGCGAAAUUUCACCAACAGACAUCCCCGGUGGAGUGCGUCAAUUAGCGAGUAGGUUCGAAACGAUCGCUCUACGUCAAAGCAGCCCAAAACCACCGGAACUGCCGAAGGUGGAUAUUCCUCGUGUGCGAAAACCUUCCAACGGUCUGUUGCCGCAGCAGCUGCAAACGAAGAUCGAGAGCAAAUCCAUCCUGGGUUCACAACCCGCGUGGCAUCAUAACAUCGAUCCGAAUGAGCUGGCUUUGCGGACAAAUGUCCCGGAGGAAAGGAUAUACGAUGCCGUUUGUCAAAGCGAUAGCCCUUCUGAGCGCCAAAAUGGCGAUCCAGAAUCGCGUGCCGAGUUUGACGAACCACUGUACAAAGAAUUAAACGAUCCGACCUUAACAGAUGGCUAUUCUUCGUUUGAGUCAUCCUCGGACCAAGAGGAAGUAGAAAAACCGGUGGACCAUCCCACCGCCCAAAAUCACAGUUCGCCUUCUCCAACUCCCGAAGAACACCUUCCGAUUGCUACACCUGCUCCAGCACCAGCAACGGGCGAUCACAUUAGGAAGGUGAUCGAUGAGUUGAUCGAGAAAGAGCAGAAGUACAUCGAAACCCUUGAACUUGGAAUCCAGAACUACAUUCCCGUGAUGUACUCUCAAAACCUCCCGGCGGCGCUGCGUGGACAGCGGAACAUCAUCUUCAUCAACCUGGAGGACAUCCUGCGCAUGCAUCGUGACCACCUGCUGCUUGAUCUGCGGCGGGUCGCAAACACCUUCUCGACGACUCGAGGCGAUCGGAUGGCGGGAAACAUUGCAGAAGUGUUCCUGGAGUACAUCGAAAGCGAUCGGUUCUAUUGUUACGUUCAGUACGCAAUGCAUCACCCAGAAUCGGAGAAGCUGCAACUCCGGUACAAGGAUUACUUUCUCAAGAUUCAGCACGACCUUAACGAUAAGCUGGGGUUGAAUAGUUUGCUGCUGCAACCGAUCCAGCGGUUGCCACGGUACAAGCUGCUGUUAAACGAAAUGGUCAAAGAUGCGCUCAAAGACGGUGACGGCAAGCGAACCAUGAACCGGCUAACAGCACUGUUGUGCAAGGUGGACAAGCGACUGAGCAUUCUGAUCGAUCGCGUCAAUCAGGCGAUCAACGUGCACGAUAUUCACCAGUGCAGUGGCAGCAGUUCAACCUCAGCUCCGACGCACAAUUCGGAUCUUCCGCUGACGCUUAUACUGCAACCGGAAGGCAAUCGCGAUCCUGCGCGAGAUACACCGAUCAACCUGCUGUACCAGGGCAAGUUCCAGCGGCUCUUUCUGGUGGACAUUUAUGAGGCGACCGUGCGAUGGAAGUACACCGGGAAGCUGUUCGUGUUCGAAAGGCUGCUAGUGUACGCGGAAGUAUUUCGCGAUCGGUUGGAAUAUCGUGGCCAUUACACCGACAAUGAGGUGUGCUACCUGGAGGAGGGCAGAAACCGCCUCAUCCUUUACGCGGGUGCACGAGGUGCCCAGGAAAUCGUCAUACAGUCAGAUACGAACACGGAGCUGCAACCGCUUCUCGCGUUACUCCAAACGAUGACUAAGGCUGUGAUAUAUGAGUCAACGUCGGGAGAAACUUGUGCGUCUAUGUACGUGCCUGAUAGCGAGGAGGAAGAGCUAUCGACCGUCAGCGGAACGGCUGAAAGUUGUUCGACUGAAAAUUGGGAUGAUCACCGGUUAACUACCGCCUUGAUUGAAGCUCAGCAACAGUUCCUUGAGGUGUUGGUAGCAAAUCGACGCUUUUAUCUCGACACACUCAGCGUUGAGUUGAAAGGUAAGCUGACGACAUUUAUCGGCGCAUUCGAAGCUAUUAUGAAUCUGCACCGGAUGAUUCUGCAAGAACUGAUGGUUCCACCCACAAGUCCGGAUACCGUGUGCCGUUGUUUUGACCGUUAUCUCAGGGCUGAGGUUCUUGACCCCUACUUCGAAUACGUCCGUGAGUUCCGCAAAGCGAUGAAGUGGAUUCAACACCGCCAAACAGCAUCGAACUUCCAUAGUCGUGUCGCCGCAACGGUGGAACAGUUCACGUUUCUGUGCAUAGAGCACCUGCAGGAGUUUAGCCGCUACUUCGAUGUUCUAAUUGUGAAGUACUCGGAGGACAGCUCACUAAACAUCCCCAUCGACAAGGAACUAUUCCAGCGGCUCGCGUACGUGCUGGUGCGGUUGAACUCUUACCGGGCCAAUCUAACACUCAACUACGAUCUUUUCCUCAUCGAUGAACGGGCACCAAACUGUGGGUUGGUGUGCUUUAACGAUCGUGCGAAAGUCGUCAAACCAUUGCGUGACACGGAAGCCGGUCCGUGUCGCUUGUUUGUGUGUGAACGUGCUGCGAUAUGCGUGAAGGUGCAGGACAUUCCCGAGCACGGUCGGCAGGUGGAGCGAUUCGUCCAGGUCCUGUUCCUCGACCCAUUCGGAGGCCGUGGAGCACCGAUGCGAAUGCGCAAAAGCAAGCGACGCUCCGAAAGGCUAAACUUUCACAUCGAUGGACACAAGUUUCGGAUUGAUUUCGAUGGCCCACAGAACCAGGCUAAAUUCUACACCAACUAUAUCAACCGGUACACAAUGAUUUAUUGA